AGCGUCUGUUUUAACAUACCUAGGAGCAACCUCAAUUGCUAUACACAAGUGUUUCUUCAACCAACCAAGCGAGUUAAACGACAGCAAAAAUCGAGCAAGUGACUGUGAAGUGAAUCGAAAUGGGCUCGAAGAUUGCCAUCUAGUAAAGCCUUCCCUGAGGGUUCAAAACCAGGGCCCUCAAGAUGUUGGGCAUCUUCUCAGGCCUGAAGAGCAAUGUGCCCUUAUUGUCUAAAAUCGAGGAGCCAAAAACAGAGGGCGUGGUCAAUCGGCUUCACUAUCGCAUGACGGUUAUGAUCCUCUUUGGUUGUUCGCUCCUCGUCACGGCCUUAGAAUGGGUUGGAAACGGCAGCAAAAUCUCCUGCGUCAUGGAAGGGCCUGACGAUAGUUGGGUGGUUCCACCCAACGUAAUCAACACUUAUUGCUACGUGCUCAGUACCUUUGUGCUCCCCAAACACUACAACACCAAAAUCGGCCACACCUCUUCACAAGUGGGAGUGGGCACUUACAACCCGAAAGAGGACGACGUCAGCUACAAGGCCUAUUACCAAUGGGUGCCGUACGUGCUCUUCCUUCAAGGCUGUUGUUUCUACGUGCCUCAUCUCAUAUUCAAAUUGUGGGAGGGCGGCAAAGUGAAGAACAUCAUCUCCGGCCUGCACCAAUGCAUCAUCGACCGGAAGGAUCGCUGCGAGAAGGAACGCAUUCUGGCCCAAUACUUUGUCGAUAGCAUGCAUUCGCACAAUUUUUGGGCCAUCAAGAUGUUGUUUGUGGAGUUCCUCAAUCUCGUGAAUGUCAUCUUGAACAUCUUUUUCGUGGACGUAUUCCUCCAAGGCGAAUUCAGUACCUACGGCUAUCAAGUGAUCAAAUUCUUAGAGGCUGACCCGGAGAACCGCAUAGAUCCAAUGGCCACUGUGUUCCCUCGAGUGACGAAGUGCUCGUUCUACAAGUAUGGACCAUCGGGCACCAUCCAGACCCACGAUGCUAUUUGCGUGCUCCCGGUUAAUAUCAUGAACGAGAAGAUCUAUGUUCUUUUGUGGUUCUGGUUCAUCCUUUUGAGCUUCGUCACGGUAAUUAGUCUCAUCUGGCAUUUGUUGUUCUUGGUCACACCUGGCUUGACGAAAACAUUCCUGAAAUCGCGCACCAUGAACCAACCCGAUCUGCACCUUAACGACAUUGGACGACAUUUCGAAGUGGGAGAUUGGAAGUUAUUGUAUAUAUUGGCGCGCAACAUGGAACCAUUGGUUUUUGGUGAGUUUCUGCGGGAACUCUUCGGCACUCUAAAGAGUGUGAACGAAAACAACAAUCCUUCCUCCAAGCCUCUGAUGACUUGAGCGCUUUUCAUCAUUGUGAGCCUUACUUUAUAUGUAUUGUAGGCUUUAGAAGAGAAUAUGAGCUAUUCCACUAUCCCUCACUACCGCUAUCUUCAAUUUCGGGUUUUUCGUGCAUUAGUACUUUGUCCUAAAGAUAAAUCAUAUAAACAAUACAAUUCAUGGUUCCUUA